GAGGGAAGGGAGGAGGAAUCAACACGAAACCGGCCAAACGACUUCGUUCAACGGUCGCGCAGCAGCGCGCAUUUUUGCUUGUUUUAUUUUUACUAGCCCCACCUUUGUUUCGUUAUGAAUUGUUUUGAUUCACAAUUCCCAAUUUACGUGAAGAUUCAUUUAAAACUUUAAUGUUUAUUUAUGAAUAUGUGUUGUGUUAUAUCGGGUCGAGUUACCUGUGCGAUGUUUGGAUAGGUGUUGAAAUAGGUUGCUGCAGGUGAGGAACGGUAGUAAAAGUGAAAUGAAUAUUUUUGUGUUCAGUUAGUGAAUAAUGGAGUGCUGUAAAGAUAUGGGUGUGCAGAAGAGACAUAGUCAGUUUAGCGACACAAAGUACAAGUGGAGGACAGUGUUAGUGUUUGUAACGGUAUUGUGUUGCUUUCGUGAGUGUAAAGGACAAGAGUCUCUUCGUUCGGCGGACCCUUAUCUUCUGAACAAGUCGUCGGGUGUAACGGAGUUGCCGGGCGGCGUGCUGACCGGCGGCCGCACCGUGUGGAGGCCUGAUGGUAGCCCCUACAUGCUGCGGGAUGAUCUGCUCAUUGAAAGAGAUGCGGAGCUGGUGGUGGAACCAGGAGUCGAAGUACGGUUCGCGCCGAUGAUCGGCAUCACGGUGCGCGGGAAGCUAGUCGCUGUUGGUGAACAUCAAAAAGGGAUAACCUUCACAAGUACUGAAGAGCCAGAUAGGCCUUCAAAGCCUAUACCAGAUAUCCGUCUGGUAGACGGACCAUCCAUCUUAGCGGGUAGAGUACAACUGUUACAUCGAGGAAAAUGGAGAUCAGUCUGCACCAAUUCCAGAAAUUGGACUGUCAACGAUAUGGAGACAGCCUGCAGACAAUUAGGCUUCAUGGGAGGAUCGUUCUACAAUUGGAUCGAUCGCCAACCAGGAAGAAGAGCAAGAUUAUUAUUUGAAGAGCCUAAAUGUAAAGGAACAGAAUACGACUUAUUCCAAUGUGACUGGAACUCCAGACAACUUGGUUCAGGCGUUUGCGACUACCAUCCCGAUCUAGCAAUUCAAUGCUCACCCCACCAUGAUGUUAAUGAUCUUGGUAACUCUAGGAGACAUUGGAGAGGCAUACGCUUCGAAAAUGCUAUAUUUGAACGAAUUCUCACCGCAGCAAAUACUCUAUACGUUCCCACAUCAAUGUCCAGACUGAUGCAUAUCACUAUAAAAUAUGCAGGUCUAGGUAGAGAUAACAAUGCAACAAGUGCCUUAGAUGUUAUAGGAGUCCCACCGGUCAUGGAAGACAUAGAAAUAUCUAACUCCGCCUUCAACGCGAUAAAUGUGACGUCACCCAACGCUCCCAUCGUUAUAAAUAAUUGCACGAUUCAAAACAAUAGAGGAUAUGGCGUGUAUGUGAACUCUACGUAUGGUAUGGCCAAGAUCGAGAAUUGCUUGAUUCACGACAAUGGUGGCGAUGGGGUCAAAUACGUGGUGCACGAAAUGAACAUCGAUGAGAGAUUCGACAGGAGUGAAAUAUUUGAUUUAUGCACAUUAGCAUCAACACCGAGCCAGACGUUUCCUAUUCAAAUGUCAAUUGAACAAUCAAGAUAUUCUAAUAUGGAAAGAGAUUGCCAUCAGAAAUUUUACACUCGACCGGACCAUGUUUUGACUUUGAGUUUCAUUAAACUGCUGACUAAUCAAAACAAUACAGGUGAACUAUUUGUAUACGAUGGAUUAACAACAGACGACAAACUCUUGACAGCAUUCAAUAUUAGAAAUCACACGCGACCGCAGAGCGUUACGUCAACAAGGAACCGCAUGUACGUGAGAUUCCGAGCUAACACGCGGACGGAUAUUACUGGUUUUUUGAGGUUGACAUCAGGUAUUAGCAAAACGUACGAUUUAAAUGUAACCGAUACAAUUAUAUCCGAUAACAAUGGAAGAGGCGUGGUAAUAGAAAACUUGAGAUCACAAAUUCACAUACAUCGUACGUCAAUAUCCAAUAAUAAUCAUGUUGCUGGUCUUCAAGUCGUGAGUGGGGCUGGUGAUGUAAAUGUAACGGAAAGUCGAAUAUCGUUUAACCAAGGUGACGGUGUCAAUAUUACCGUAACUGGAGGAAACAGAAACAUAUCAAGAAGUAUUUUAAGUUCUAACCAAGGUUAUGGUAUAGCUGUCUGGAUAAAUAAUACUCAAGAAACAGAAUAUAUUCCAGUAAACCAGACAACUGCAGUAGAAUAUUCAGAAAUAUUCAAAAACUUAGAUGUAGGUAUAUUACAUGGAAACUUUUGUGGUGACAGCUGGGUUAAUAUAACUGGAAACUGGUUUAAUACUAGCGCUGAAAGUACGGUAGAAAUAUCUACCUGUUGGAAACUUAAUAAUCCAACUAGAUUGCUCAAUUUGCAAGUAGGUCAUAAUAGAUUUUACGAAAACCAAAGAGUACCUCUAAAAAUCCAACCGGCUCUCAAUAUAAACGGAAGGAUUGAAUAUAAUUAUUUUGAACAUGGCAAUUAUGGUGCAAUCGUUAUACUAAACAGAAUAGAAGGCAAAUAUUUAGAAGAGUUUGAAAUUCUACCGGCCCGAUUCCAUAUACAACACAAUUACUUUUUUGGAAAUAAGGGUCCCUUCGUAGUGAACCUUGGAUUAUCGCCUUAUAGUGAUCUGCAAUAUAUUCUAUUUUCUAGAAACUUCCUAAGAGAUAAUAAAGUACGAGAACCGUAUGAGCCUCUAGAAGGCAUAUCAUCUAGGCUGACUCCUAGAAGUAGAGUUGCUGCGACGAUUGUCCUAGCGUCGAGUAAUAUCGAUGUCUUCAGAAAUAUCAUAAAUAACCCAGAAGCUCAAUAUGAAAUCGGCUCGCAUGUUGAAGAUCAGAGUAAGAUAUUAAAUUGUACCUAUAACUGGCUAGGCUUCGGUGAAGAGGAAAAGGUUUACAACAGAUUAUUCCACAGGAAAGAUAGAUACAACUUGGCCAAAAUUGUUUACAUGCCAUAUUUAUUACAUAGCAGUAAUCCUGGAGCGACGCAAAUAAAUUAUAAUUCACUUUAUGUUCCUCAAUUUAAUGUCCCCGGCACCUUCACAGUUGGAGGUGAAGUCGAAGGAAUAGAAAUACUUCGUCAAGGAGAAUACGAUGUUGACAAAGAUAUUAACAUUCGUCCCGGAGGAAAAUUAGUAUUACAGUCAGGUGUCACAUUAAAAUUCCCUCCAGCCAUAGGCAUAAUGGUUGCUGGAAAACUAGACGCAAGAGGAAAACGGCCCAAUGAUAUAACAUUUACCUUAAAGGAAGAGGUAGUGAUGACUAAUGAAAGUGUUUAUGAAACUGAUUUUGAGCCCACUACACCUGGGUAUACCGAGCCUAUUGUACCAAUAAGACUUUUAGGAGGCAGAACACAGCACGAAGGUCGAUUGCAAGUGAGGCUUGAUGAUAAAUGGGGCACGGUGUGCAAUUAUAGGUGGAACAUAAUUAACGCAGCAUUAGUCUGUAAUCAACUCGGCCUCGCUUUGAAUCCAGAUGAUUGGUUCCUGGAACCUAAUGAAAUACCAUCAGCGGGUAUGACAGAAGAUAUUAUUUUAUCCAACGUCGAAUGCUCAGAAUUUGAUAACGAUAUUACGAAAUGUAAAGCAGAAACUAAAGAUCACUUCGAAAAUUCUUGUACACAUGAAAAUGAUGUAGGAAUCAGAUGCUACGAGACAAGUUGGGCUGGGGUCAGAUUCAGUGUUAUAUCUGAAAGAGCAGAUUUACAGUAUGUCACAGUAGAAAAAGCCGGACUUUUGGACUAUUCUUCUAAUCUUUUCAAACCAGCCCUGCAGAUAGAUUUUGCUCGACAUAGCUUAGAAAGUAUCAGAAUAACUAACAAUUACCACGAUGGAUUAGGUAUACUUUAUUCUGAUUUAUAUGGAGCUGACGCAGUUAAUACAGUACGUAACUCAGAGUUCAGCUAUAAUAGGGGAAGCGGUAUUAGUUUCAAGCAACUGGGUCUGAAAGUGUAUGGCUCUGUGAUAGAAAAUAAUAAUUUGGCUGGAAUUUCACACAACCCACACAUUCCUGGUGCACAGCAAAGAGAAAUUGCUGGGUGGUUUAAUUUGGAUCCCGGAUUUAAUAUGGACGAAUCUAAUUAUCACCCAAUCAUGAUUCCGGAAUAUAUCACUGAUAUUAGUUUAGUGAAUGGUGAAACAAGGCACAUCGUUUUCACAAAGCGACAAGGAGAAAGUGUUUCAAAAACAUACAAUAUAAAGUGCAAUCCAGGUUAUGUUCUUGGGCUACAACUUCUUAAUCCUAUACAUAAUUUUUCAACAGAAAAUAUUUGCAUUUAUGAUUCGCAAAAUAUAAACGAGGCGAGUACUAAGUGGUGCCUGGAUCGGGAUCUGUCGACAUUUCCGACAACAAGUAGCAGCUUCGGCGUAGUCAUAACAUAUGAAAGUGGAACGAAUGCUCUAGGAGGCGUCGUCUUAGUUGUAAGCACAAUCAUAGCUCCGGUACAAAAUCUUAGAAACAGAAUAGUGAGAGGGCCUGUGCCUACACUACAAGUAGUCAACACCAAAAUUAAAGGUAAUACGAAAGGAAUCAAAGCUUUGUACUACAAUCGUUAUUUGAAUGAAUUAGGAGACCACUUUCUACGAAAGGCUAACGAAAGCAUUAAAAUAUUCAGCUGUGAAAUUGCUCACAAUAAAGAGGAAGCCAUCUACGUCAAUACUCCAUUCUGGGAUAUCCACGAAAGUAACAUUACGGAGAUUACAAUUAUGGUCAACAGCAGUUUGAUCACAGACAAUGGCAAAGGAAUAUUCCACUUUGCUAGAGAUUUGAGAAGCUCAAACAAUUUAUAUCACUACAUACUACAGGAUAACACAAUAGAAAGAAAUAAACAGGGUGGUUUCGACGUGAGCUUACCAUAUGUUUGGCAGUACAAUGAAAACUUUACACAUUCCGUCUACAUGCACAAUAAUACGUGGCGUAACAAUCAAAACUUCGCUUUGAUUGUAGAUGGCCAUUUUGCCGAAGUUAACAUAACAAAGAAUAUAUUCACGGAUAACAAUUGCAAAACCGGACUAAUAUCCAUACAAGGAAUGGAAAAGAAGAUGAUGAUUGAUGGAAACUUUAUUGAAAGGAAUAAUGGUCAGUUUAUGGUGAAAUUCCAUAUGGACAGUCAAAGUGAAAUCAUGGGCUUAGUUUAUGCUCUUUUCAUAUACAACCAAGUUAAGAAUAACAGACAUACGUUAGCACAAGUCAGUCGAGGUGCUUUAAUAAGGAAUGUUGAGCCUACAUAUGUGAUUGGAUUUAAAGGAAUACAGAAAGUUAAAGUUAGCAGGAACUUAUUCGGAAAUAAUGCCCUUGAGUACACAUUACUGGCCGGCAUUAAAACAGCAAAGAUCAAUAAUUUGUUAGAUGUAACUGAAAACUGGUGGGGAAGCACGAUAGAGAAAGACAUUAGGAAUCAGAUAUUCGAUUUUGAUGACUGGAAUAACCACGCUAUUGCUACGUACUUACCUUAUUUACUUGAAGACAGCAUUGAUUCUAGUGUGUCUGCUUCGUUCAGCCCGGAAAUAAUAGUGGAUACAAACGAGCUGGGAGGCAGAUUGUUAUCAAACUUUACUAUUGAAUCCAGAAUUGCACCAUACACGGUGAGAGCCGAUAUCACCGUUAUGCCAGAUGCUAUUUUGACCAUUAGUCCUGGUGUUAUUUUGGAAUUUGCACCUAAUGUUGGUAUACUCGUAAUGGGUAACCUUCAAGCUAUAGGCCACAGUCAAGCGCCCAUAGUUAUGCGACCUAUGACCCCAGCGACAAAUGUAGAAAUUAAUAGAAUAGAAAAGAGAGACGUUAGUCAGUAUUCUUCAAUCCACCACAAACAUAGACGUCAACUAGAAUCACUGACUGUACCGAACUCUAUAAGGUUGUGCACUGGAAGAAAUUGUUCUAUCAACGAUAAUACAGCUGAAAGAACAAAUGAAGGUUUUCUGGAAUACUAUAAUAAAACCACUCUUCAAUGGGUACCCAUGUGUGAUAAUCGCUUUACGGAAAGAAAUGCUCAAGUUGUGUGUAGGGAGUUGGGUUUCGAUCCAAUAAACGUGUUCUUUGCUCACGACAGGCGUGUCGAAUAUCAUAGUAAUUCUUUAUCGAGGAUUUGGUCUUGGCCAGAGCCUCUGCAGUGUGUCGGCACGGAAGAUCGUUAUGAAGAAUGCCCAAUAAGACUGAACGGACAACUAUAUGGUCAUAGACAUGAAUGUAAAUGGGAUUCUGAGUUCGUGUUCAUUCACUGUGGUACAAGAAACCUAGAAGAAAAUCUGGAAUAUUGGGGUGGCAUAAGAUUUGCUAAUCCAGAAUUUGAGUAUUCUCUUUACGAGCACCGUAUUCACGACCAUCAUACACAUGAAACAAUGAAGAAAUCUGAAAGUGAAUUAGUACACGUGCAAAUAAUUGGUGCUGGUAUACUGCACAAUGAGAAAUCUCCAGCCGUACAAAGUAUAAUUAAGAAUCCUAGAAUACAGAAUGUAAAUAUAACAAAAUGCGCUCAUCAUGGUAUUAAUUUAAUAUCUCCCACCGAUUCUGUUAAUAUGAUGUUUAAUUCUGUGAAUGAUAUAUUAGGGGAAGGUGUUAGUGCCAUAUCGUUGAAUGGGGAAGGUAGAGAAUCUGAUGAAUCCAGUUUUACACCGCUAAAAGAUUUAAAUCUUCCUUAUCAUCUGUUUUCGCUUAUCGACAUAUGCGAUAGUACUAAGAUGAUCACAGUUGAAGAGCGGGUCUUGCUGUACUACAAGUAUGACAACAAUCCUGUGAACUGUGUUAAGAUAUUCAAAAGCAUGUUCAGAGUCAAACCAUUUGGAUUUAGGCUACUUCAGUUCAAUCUUUUUAACCACACUCAGAACUAUGGCAAACGUGACUCUUUAUCGCUUUACGAUGGUGAUAUUUACAAUAUCACGGCACCGAUGAUCGGUUAUUUGGAAAAUGGAUCUCCUGAUGAAAAGAAGCUCUUCAAGACAGAAGGAGCCAGUUUGAGUGUUUCUUUAUUCGCAAAUGGAGCGUCAGCCGUCCAUGGAUUUAUUGCGGAGAUUGUUACUUUACCGAUAUCAGCUAUUGGUUUCAACCGUGAUGUCCAGCACAAUAUAUCGAGCAGUGAAUUCAUCAAGAACAGAGAUGGAGCCAUUACGUAUCAGUCCGUUGGUGAAGUGAAUCCUCUUGUGGCUAUCACAAGGAACGAGAUCAAAGACAACUGUCUCAAGUUGUAUGGGAACUUUACUUCAUGCCCAGCAGCUGUUAGGGUGGAUGUUCAGAAUACGCAGACGCUGGUAUUUAGAAAUAACUUACUCCGUAAUAAUGUAGGAGGAUUAUUGGUCAGAGCAGAUUCUCGAGGGUCAGCCACUUCGCUCCGUGGAUGGAUACAUAACAACUUGUUCUUUGCUAACCAUGACCUUCCUUGUCUUAAAGUCGAAGGACGCCAAUCAUCGCCAUACCAAGAGGUUACGAUAUACCGUAACUACUUCACGCGAAACAGAGUUCCUUUCAGUGACGUGAUCAUCCUAAGACAGGUGGUCUCCAAUUUCACGUACAACUAUGUUCAUGAUAAUACUGGCAUGAGGAUCCUCGAAGUUUCAGGCUUCGACAAAGUCAGGCUGCCUAUUUAUCAGACCACUUCGCAUAACGGAUUUUACAAAAACUAUGCCACUGACAGAGAAGGACGAGCCACAGUUGUUGCAGGUACAGCCGGUCAGAACUACGUCGACAACAUAUUCUUCAAUCCCGACAAUGAUUACGAAAUGAUCACAGUCAACAGAUCUAUCUUUGUUGACUAUAAUCCGACUGUCAUGAGUUCCCUUGACUUAUGGCGAACGCGAAUCGACGCGAAACACAAUUUCUGGAGUUACAACGAAACGUUAGCGGUGGCCGGUCGUAUCAGAGACCAGAGUGAUAACCCAAUGCUUUUAGAAGUGGACUAUAGACCGUUCUAUAUGAACAACCAAACGGUCCUGGGUGGAGGAAAAUGCCCUCCGGGUUGGGACGCGGUUGCUGGAACCUGUUAUAUGUACGUAGGAGCACCGAUGACGUAUGAGGAAGCCAGAUUAUUCUGUUUGUCGGACAACGCAUCAAUGCCGUACGUAACAGGGAACUAUGCAGCUCUUUACGAGUUUAUCAACCGUCAAAACCAGUGGUUCCAAUACGGAGACAGAGUUUGGGUCAACCAUAUCGACUAUGUUACUCAGUGCACUUCGUUUGCGUUUUCGAAUGUCGAAAUCACUGACUGUAAUCAGAAGAACGCUUUUAUUUGCGAAAUUGAUCCGAAGAUCAUGAUCGACCCAAUGUCGUGGCGAGGAGAUACUCUGGCUGUCGCGUUCAUUGGAGUACUGAUAGCUGCCGUCUUGUUAGUUGGAGCCGCUCUCAUCUGCUGGUAUUCCAAGUCUAAACACAGACAUGUCCAAAGAUUAGAAAGGCGCAACUCGAUUCGGCAGUCACUGCAUUCGGUGAGGUCCAUUGGCAGUAUUAAUGGCGGUUUCCCUGAUACGCCUUACCGAAGAAAACUUGCUCAAAUGAGUACCCGCUCAACCGACACAUUAACGAAAGGCUCAGACUAUAGAAAAAUGCUGGCCUCAACAACAUCAAUGGAAUCAAUGGAAAAGAGCCAGUUCAACUCCUCAAUGGACGACAACCAAAGCUUCGACAUUUACGAGGCUCACAACCCGAAUCCAAACGUGAUGCCGCUCACACACUCCACAUUUGUUAAGAAACCCAUCACUCCAGAAUAUUCCGUGCCACAAAAUAACACGAGGCCGUAUAACCUAGCGUUUAGGAACGAAGGUUAUAGAGACAAUUCGGGGACAGCGAGUGGGGCGCCGUCGAUAAAUACGGUGGCUACUGAAGAAAUACCUAUACUGCAUCAUGGAGACGGUAUGAGAUCGCCUCCUGAUGAAUAUACGUUGUCGCCUAGAAGUGACUCCCAGUAUUUCACAUCAGACACAUUGCCAUUGAGAGACAACUCUGAAGACGGUGAUACUAUGAAGAGGCAAUUAGAAAGAGCGGGGAAGAUAUACGGACCGUACGGAGCUCCGGCCGGCAGCUAUGGUGCGCAACCUAAACUGUCCUUCUUAAUGGAGUUGAGGUCCAAAAUGCCGGAGCAGCCUCAACCGGGAGCAGUGCCGACUACUACUUUUGGACAGAGAAAUAAUAUUGCAGAUCAGCAGCAAUAUUACGAAGAUAACCUACCAAGUCCACCUCACCCACCGGUAUAUUCUAGUGCAUACGAUACCACUGCAUCUGACAACAUCCCCAGUUACGAUUCCAGUCCGCAAGAUCUUUCCAGAGAGUUCGAUGAUUCGCCAUUACCAGAAUUACACCAUAGAUCUAAAUCUGAGGCAUUAUUAGAAACUAAUUUCGACUUCGAAGAUGGUGAUACAAGUCCGAUACCUAUGUCGGAAGCUAGCAGGUCACACAGUCAGCCAUUAGAAACUGCUAUGUAGUGAGCAUUAACUCGAAAAUAACGAAUAUGAUGCAUAAGUGUUACUUAACACGGUCAAGACAAGGCCGUAACUAUUAUUAAAUAUUCUAUUUAAAGGAGUUGAUCACACCGUCCUAUCAUAAAGUAGAAAAGCAAUGAAAAGACUGAUUUAUGAUGUCUUUAUCGAGAUAUUUAAUUUUUCUUGCAUUUAGUUUCAUGUGCGUUAUCUAUACAAGUGCCUUUUAUACUUCUGACAUUCCAACUUUAUCUUAUAUUCUGUCCCUAUAGGUAAUUUAGUUAAUAUGUGUAUGUAUAGUAUUUUAAGUCAUAAUGACUUUGCAAAUUACCAGAGGUGAUCGAUCUCAUAAUGAAGUAAACAAAUUAAAUUCUAAUGCUGCGCCUUAUGGACAAAUGGAUGCCUUAUUAAUAAGUUUUUAUUAAGUAAAAUAUAUUUGCAUGUAUCACAAAAGGAGUAGGUACCUAAAAGGCGUAUACUGUAAUUGUAAUUAAUGUUUAUGAUGCAAUAUUAGAUACGUAUUUUUCGCACGUCCGUCCUUAAGUGUUGAAUGUCUUAACAAUGUUUAUUUGACAAAAUUAUGUAAGUAGGUAACUAUAAAUUAAUUAUAAGAUACAGUCUUUCCAUAUACAAUAGUUAUAAAGUGUAAUUAAUUUUUAAUCUUAAUCUUAUUGAUGUUAUUUUAUAUUUCCCGAUUGCUUUUACAAAGACCUUACAAACGCAUGUCUAUUACAACUUUUUCUUCGUGUUCUGUAUAAAACGAAGUUUUAUUAUAAACUUACCGUGCUUUAGUACUUUGUUUCUAUGAAAUUUAAUAUCUAUCUUCAGCUUAUCACUAAAAAACUUUCGACUGCAGACUGUAUUUAUUAAAUAUUAUUUACUGCCUUAUUUUAUAAAGAUUUAUUACUAAGUUUUUUACAUGAUUACAUGUAUCAAAAUAUUAUGACCUAAUGUUCAUGCUUUAAAUGUAAAUUGUACAAGAAUAAUAGUAAAUCAUAAUUAAGUAUUUAGUUAGUUUGACAAAUAUAAUGAUUUAAUCAACUGAUGAAAUAUUAAUAAAAUUUGACACAGUAUUUUCAUAACAAA